AUGGCCGUGUCCCAGGAGCCGAGUGUGCAUCUGGGGCUGUGGAUGCUCCUUUUGCUUGGAGCAGGCAUGGAAGAAGCUGUGGAGGGAUGCAGCUGCCACCCAGCACACCCGCAGCAGCUCUUCUGCAGUGCUGAGCUUGGUUCAGACCGGCCCGGCCUGCUGAACGUGAAACCCAUCGAGCAGCUCCAGGAGACUGUGCUUCAUUCACUAGAGCUGCAGCUGAAGCUAAGCCACCCAGACUCCCUGCAGCUGUUCGCCAAGCUGCUCCAGAAGAUGACGGACCUGCGUCAGAUAGUCACCGACCACGUUCACCUUAUUGAGCUGCUGAAGAAGACAGAGGUGGACAUGUUCUUGCACCCCCUGCUGCAGGAGAUCAUGAAGGACUUGUAUUAGAAUUGAAAAGAGGACAAGUGCAGGAAUGGGAUGACAAAAGAAGAAUGGAUUACAUGAGUGUGUAAGAAAGUAUUUCGGCCAGAAAGUCGAAAUUGAGAAUGACAUGAGGAAGAACAACAAAAAAACUAAGAAAAUAAAUACAGAAUUGGAGCUUUUCUAGAGCGUGUGUUUGUGUAUUAUUUGUAAUGCACAGUCGUUUAGCCACUGCUGACCCUGAACUAUAUGUUGUGAGUAGGGAUGCACGAUAUUGGAUAUAUAUAUAUAUAUAUAUGAACAGCA